GUUUGGCCGUUCCUCAAGGUUCGGCGAGCGAUGCACCGGAUCCGUAUGGUGAAUGCAGCCAACGCACGAACGUACAACCUGACCUUCCAGUGCGCUGCACGUGAUGAUCCCAACUUCAACCCCCCUUUCAGUGGACCAGUGCUGCCCUUCUACCUCAUUGGUUCGGACGGCGGCUACCUUGUCCGUCCGCUGCGCCGCUCCUCUCUGCUCGUCGUCCCCGGCACACGGCACGACCUCCUUCUGGACUUCAACGCCGCGUCCGCCUCGUGCCGUGACAUCAUUCUUGUCAACAGCGCCGCCAUUCCCUUCCCUGUGGGGCAGCCUGCUGACUGGUUCACGGGCGUGGUCAUGCGCUUCAUCAUCAACCAGCGCUCUCCAAUCAAGCCCCCGCCCUGCCCAACAAGCUGUCGCACGCACUCGCUCCCCUUCCCCGUGGGGCAGCCGGCUGACUGGGACAUCCCCCCAGUGGACCUCGCCCAGGCAGCGAGGCAUCGCUGGCGGGCCUUAGUGUUUGUCAUCGACCGCGCGUCACGGGAACCGAGCACCAUGCUGCUGGAUGGCAAGGCCUCCUCUGCUCCUGCCACUGAGAAGGCCCAAGUGGGCACAUCAGAGCUUUGGCACAUCAUCAACCCGACAUCCGAGACGCACCCCAUCCACCUCCACCUCAUACAGCACCGCCCCAUCUCCCGCCGUCCGAUCGACUCUGGCGGGCUAAUCAACGCCUCAUGUUCGCUCGCGCCCUCCUCCCCUGUCAAGCCCAGCUGCUUCACAGGGCCAGCCAGGGCUGUGCCAGAGCAUGAGAGGGGAUGGAAGGACACCACUGUUGCAUUCCCCAACAGCGUUCUCACUAUCUUUGUGCCGUUCAAGGGGCAGAAUGGCAAGCCGUUCCCCUUUGAUGCCACAGAGGGCCCGGGCUAUGUGUGGCACUGCCACAUGCUGGAGCAUGAGGACAACGACAUGAUGACUCCACUCAUCAUGACCACAGGGGGGUUACCUAACAUCACAGACCUCGCUCUCUCAUCCCCCCCUCCCGCCUCCUCUUGUAGAGCUUCCAAGUGUUGGGCCACUCGGGACAUGGAGGGGCGCGAGGCGGUGGGCAUGGCGGUGCAGGUGACAGCGAGGUGGGCAAGGCGAAUGACGAUGUCUUCAGCCGCUGCUGCAGAGUCAAACUUGUGGGCGCAUCUGGAAGAGGGCAGAGCAGAGGCACGGCCGCGUGGGAGAGAAGCAGCAUGGGAGAGCAGCAGCAUGGGAGAGAAGCAGCAUGGGAGAGCAGCAGCAUGGGAGAGUAGCAGCAUGGGAGAGAAGCAGCAUGGGAGAGCAGCAGCAUCGGAGAGCAGCAGCAUGGGAGAGAAGCAGCAUGGGAGAGCAGCAGCAUGGGAGAGAAGCAGCAUGGGAGAGAAGCAGCAUGGGAGAGCAGCAGCAUGGGAGAGCAGCAGCAUGGGAGAGAAGCAGCAUGGGAGAGCAGCAGCAUGGGAGAGUAGCAGCAUGGGAGAGCAGCAGCAUGGGAGAGAAGCAGCAUGGGAGAGCAGCAGCAUGGGAGAGAAGCAGCAUGGGAGAGCAGCAGCAUGGGAGAGCAGCAGCAUGGGAGAGCAGCAGCAUGGGAGAGAAGCAGCAUGGGAGAGCAGCAGCAUGGGAGAGCAGCAGCAUGGGAGAGUAGCAGCAUGGGAGAGCAGCAGCAUGGGAGAGCAGCAGCAUGGGAGAGAAGCAGCAUGGGAGAGCAGCAGCAUGGGAGAGAAGCAGCACGGGAGAGCAGCAGCAUGGGAGAGUAGCAGCAUGGGAGAGCAGCAGCAUGGGAGAGCAGCAGCAUGGGAGAGAAGCAGCAUGGGAGAGAAGCAGCAUGGGAGAGCAGCAGCAUGGGAGAGAAGCAGCAUGGGAGAGCAGCAGCAUGGGAGAGAAGCAGCAUGGGAGAGCAGCAGCAUGGGAGAGCAGCAGCAUGGGAGAGAAGCAGCAUGGGAGAGCAGCAGCAUGGGAGAGCAGCAGCAUGGGAGAGUAGCAGCAUGGGAGAGCAGCAGCAUGGGAGAGCAGCAGCAUGGGAGAGAAGCAGCAUGGGAGAGCAGCAGCAUGGGAGAGCAGCAGCAUGGGAGAGAAGCAGCAUGGGAGAGCAGCAGCAUGGGAGAGAAGCAGCAUGGGAGAGCAGCAGCAUGGGAGAGAAGCAGCAUGGGAGAGCAGCAGCAUGGGAGAGAAGCAGCAUGGGAGAGCAGCAGCAUGGGAGACAUGGGAGAGCAGCAGCAUGGGAGAGAAGCAGCAUGGGAGAGCAGCAGCAUGGGAGAGAAGCAGCAUGGGAGAGCAGCAGCAUGGGAGAGAAGCAGCAUGGGAGAGCAGCAGCAUGGGAGAGCAGCAGCAUGGGAGAGUAGCAGCAUGGGAGAGCAGCAGCAUGGGAGAGAAGCAGCAUGGGAGAGCAGCAGCAUGGGAGAGAAGCAGCAUGGGAGAGCAGCAGCAUGGGAGAGUAGCAGCAUGGGAGAGAAGCAGCAUGGGAGAGCAGCAGCAUCGGAGAGCAGCAGCAUGGGAGAGAAGCAGCAUGGGAGAGCAGCAGCAUGGGAGAGAAGCAGCAUGGGAGAGAAGCAGCAUGGGAGAGCAGCAGCAUGGGAGAGCAGCAGCAUGGGAGAGAAGCAGCAUGGGAGAGCAGCAGCAUGGGAGAGUAGCAGCAUGGGAGAGCAGCAGCAUGGGAGAGAAGCAGCAUGGGAGAGCAGCAGCAUGGGAGAGAAGCAGCAUGGGAGAGCAGCAGCAUGGGAGAGCAGCAGCAUGGGAGAGCAGCAGCAUGGGAGAGAAGCAGCAUGGGAGAGCAGCAGCAUGGGAGAGCAGCAGCAUGGGAGAGUAGCAGCAUGGGAGAGCAGCAGCAUGGGAGAGCAGCAGCAUGGGAGAGAAGCAGCAUGGGAGAGCAGCAGCAUGGGAGAGAAGCAGCACGGGAGAGCAGCAGCAUGGGAGAGUAGCAGCAUGGGAGAGCAGCAGCAUGGGAGAGCAGCAGCAUGGGAGAGAAGCAGCAUGGGAGAGAAGCAGCAUGGGAGAGCAGCAGCAUGGGAGAGAAGCAGCAUGGGAGAGCAGCAGCAUGGGAGAGAAGCAGCAUGGGAGAGCAGCAGCAUGGGAGAGCAGCAGCAUGGGAGAGAAGCAGCAUGGGAGAGCAGCAGCAUGGGAGAGCAGCAGCAUGGGAGAGUAGCAGCAUGGGAGAGCAGCAGCAUGGGAGAGCAGCAGCAUGGGAGAGAAGCAGCAUGGGAGAGCAGCAGCAUGGGAGAGCAGCAGCAUGGGAGAGAAGCAGCAUGGGAGAGCAGCAGCAUGGGAGAGAAGCAGCAUGGGAGAGCAGCAGCAUGGGAGAGAAGCAGCAUGGGAGAGCAGCAGCAUGGGAGAGAAGCAGCAUGGGAGAGCAGCAGCAUGGGAGACAUGGGAGAGCAGCAGCAUGGGAGAGAAGCAGCAUGGGAGAGCAGCAGCAUGGGAGAGAAGCAGCAUGGGAGAGCAGCAGCAUGGGAGAGAAGCAGCAUGGGAGAGCAGCAGCAUGGGAGAGCAGCAGCAUGGGAGAGUAGCAGCAUGGGAGAGCAGCAGCAUGGGAGAGAAGCAGCAUGGGAGAGCAGCAGCAUGGGAGAGAAGCAGCAUGGGAGAGCAGCAGCAUGGGAGAGUAGCAGCAUGGGAGAGAAGCAGCAUGGGAGAGCAGCAGCAUCGGAGAGCAGCAGCAUGGGAGAGAAGCAGCAUGGGAGAGCAGCAGCAUGGGAGAGAAGCAGCAUGGGAGAGAAGCAGCAUGGGAGAGCAGCAGCAUGGGAGAGCAGCAGCAUGGGAGAGAAGCAGCAUGGGAGAGCAGCAGCAUGGGAGAGUAGCAGCAUGGGAGAGCAGCAGCAUGGGAGAGAAGCAGCAUGGGAGAGCAGCAGCAUGGGAGAGAAGCAGCAUGGGAGAGCAGCAGCAUGGGAGAGCAGCAGCAUGGGAGAGCAGCAGCAUGGGAGAGAAGCAGCAUGGGAGAGCAGCAGCAUGGGAGAGCAGCAGCAUGGGAGAGUAGCAGCAUGGGAGAGCAGCAGCAUGGGAGAGCAGCAGCAUGGGAGAGAAGCAGCAUGGGAGAGCAGCAGCAUGGGAGAGAAGCAGCACGGGAGAGCAGCAGCAUGGGAGAGUAGCAGCAUGGGAGAGCAGCAGCAUGGGAGAGCAGCAGCAUGGGAGAGAAGCAGCAUGGGAGAGAAGCAGCAUGGGAGAGCAGCAGCAUGGGAGAGAAGCAGCAUGGGAGAGCAGCAGCAUGGGAGAGAAGCAGCAUGGGAGAGCAGCAGCAUGGGAGAGCAGCAGCAUGGGAGAGAAGCAGCAUGGGAGAGCAGCAGCAUGGGAGAGCAGCAGCAUGGGAGAGUAGCAGCAUGGGAGAGCAGCAGCAUGGGAGAGCAGCAGCAUGGGAGAGAAGCAGCAUGGGAGAGCAGCAGCAUGGGAGAGCAGCAGCAUGGGAGAGAAGCAGCAUGGGAGAGCAGCAGCAUGGGAGAGAAGCAGCAUGGGAGAGCAGCAGCAUGGGAGAGAAGCAGCAUGGGAGAGCAGCAGCAUGGGAGAGAAGCAGCAUGGGAGAGCAGCAGCAUGGGAGACAUGGGAGAGCAGCAGCAUGGGAGAGUAGCAGCAUGGGAGAGCAGCAGCAUGGGAGAGAAGCAGCAUGGGAGAGCAGCAGCAUGGGAGAGUAGCAGCAUGGGAGAGCAGCAGCAUGGGAGAGAAGCAGCAUGGGAGAGCAGCAGCAUGGGAGAGAAGCAGCAUGGGAGAGCAGCAGCAUGGGAGAGAAGCAGCAUGGGAGAGCAGCAGCAUGGGAGAGAAGCAGCAUGGGAGAGCAGCAGCAUGGGAGAGCAGCAGCAUGGGAGAGUAGCAGCAUGGGAGAGCAGCAGCAUGGGAGAGCAGCAGCAUGGGAGAGAAGCAGCAUGGGAGAGCAGCAGCAUGGGAGAGAAGCAGCAUGGGAGAGCAGCAGCAUGGGAGAGCAGCAGCAUGGGAGAGCAGCAGCAUGGGAGAGAAGCAGCAUGGGAGAGCAGCAGCAUGGGAGAGAAGCAGCAUGGGAGAGCAGCAGCAUGGGAGAGAAGCAGCAUGGAGAGCAGCAGCAUGGAGAGCAGCAGCAUGGGAGAGCAGCAGCAUGGGAGAGCAGCAGCAUGGGAGAGAAGCAGCAUGGGAGAGCAGCAGCAUGGGAGAGCAGCAGCAUGGGAGAGCAGCAGUAUGGGAGAGCAGCAGCAUGGGAGAGAAGCAGCAUGGGAGAGCAGCAGCAUGGGAGAGAAGCAGCAUGGGAGAGCAGCAGCAUGGGAGAGCAGCAGCAUGGGAGAGCAGCAGCAUGGGAGAGAAGCAGCAUGGGAGAGAAGCAGCAUGGGAGAGCAGCAGCAUGGGAGAGCAGCAGCAUGGGAGAGAAGCAGCAUGGGAGAGCAGCAGCAUGGGAGAGAAGCAGCAUGGGAGAGCAGCAGCAUGGGAGAGAAGCAGCAUGGGAGAGCAGCAGCAUGGGAGAGCAGCAGCAUGGGAGAGCAGCAGCAUGGGAGAGCAGCAGCAUGGGAGAGAAGCAGCAUGGGAGAGCAGCAGCAUGGGAGAGAAGCAGCAUGGGAGAGCAGCAGCAUGGGAGAGAAGCAGCAUGGGAGAGCAGCAGCAUGGGAGAGAAGCAGCAUGGGAGAGCAGCAGCAUGGGAGAGUAGCAGCAUGGGAGAGCAGCAGCAUGGGAGAGCAGCAGCAUGGGAGAGAAGCAGCAUGGGAGAGCAGCAGCAUGGGAGAGAAGCAGCAUGGGAGAGUAGCAGCAUGGGAGAGCAGCAGCAUGGGAGAGAAGCAGCAUGGGAGAGAAGCAGUAUGGGAGAGCAGCAGCAUGGGAGAGCAGCAGCAUGGGAGAGAAGCAGCAUGGGAGAGCAGCAGCAUGGGAGAGAAGCAGCAUGGGAGAGCAGCAGCAUGGGAGAGCAGCAGCAUGGGAGAGCAGCAGCAUGGGAGAGCAGCAGCAUGGGAGAGCAGCAGCAUGGGAGAGAAGCAGCAUGGGAGAGCAGCAGCAUGGGAGAGAAGCAGCAUGGGAGAGUAG